AUGCGGACGCCGACAGCGAUGAUCGUGGGGCUGGUGCUGUGCCCCUGCGGGCUCCUGCUGUCGCUGACGGGCACCCUGGCACCAAACUGGAGGCAGGUGAGCCUCGUACCCGACCAGCCCGUUGACCUCAUCUUGGAGCAGGGCAUCUGGGACAUGUGCAGAGAGCGGCAGAGCAGCCACGACCGCCUCUGCGGGCAGCCUGAUGAGCUGGGCUACUUUGAGCAGGUGCCCGUGCAGGUGGCCCGAGGGAUGAUGCCCACUUCGCUGGUGCUCACCCUGCUGGGCUUGCUGGUGGCUGCCUUGGGGGUUCGCUGCCGGCGGGAGGAGUAAUGGCCCGAGCCACUGCACCUGCUGGCUGGCGUAGCAGGGCUUGUGCUGCUCCUCUCGGGGCUGCUGAGCCUCGUGCCCGUCUCCUGGUACACCCAUGAGCUGUGGGCACUGCCUGCACCGGCUGGCAGCACGCUGGUUGUAGGCUACAGCUUGGUGCUGAGCUACUUGGGAAGCUGCCUGGAGAUCCUGGGGGGGCUUGCCCUCACCCUUAGCUUCCACCACUGCUGCAAAGAGUGCAGGGCCCCCAAACCACCCCCCAGUCCUGUGCUGGAGGCUGGCCAGUGCUCCACCACUGGGGCUUACCGCAAUCCCUGGGAUGUGCUGGAGGAUGAGCAAGAUGGACAACACUGGAGGAGCACUCUGCCUUGUGACUCUGACUUGUAG